GUUCUUGAAUUUAUUUGUGCGUGUAUACAAACGUUUGUAUCUUCUGCACAACAGAAGAGAGUAUAACCAGAUUGGGAGGGUCUUUCAUUAUGUUGGCUGCUUUUCCAAGGCAGCAGAAGGUAUAGAUGGAGUCAAUGGAUGGAAGGGUCACUCAACCUGAAAUGUUAACUCUGAUUCCUCUCCAUAAAUGCUGCCAGACUUGCUGAGCUUUACCACUGGAUGGAAGGCUGGUUUGCAUGAUGGACUGGGUUGUGUUCAUGGCUCUUUGUAGUUUCUUGUAGUCUGGGGAAGAGCAGUUGCCAAACCACACUGUGACGCAUCCAGAUAGAAUGCUUUCUACCCUGCACCCUGGGUUCAAAUUCCACUAUGACAGACAGAUAGUGUAAUCUGAAUUCAAUUUUUUAAAAAAAAAAAUUGAAUUAAAAGUCGAAUGACAAUCGUUUCAUGAUCGUUGGGAAAAUCCAUCUGGGUCACUAACGUCCUUCAGAGAAGGAAACUUCCAUCCUUACCUAGUCUGACCUACAUGGGACUCCAGUCCCACAGUGAUUGACUCUUAACUGCCUUCUGGGCAAUUAGGGAUGGACAAUAAAUGCUGGCCGAGCCAGCGAUGCCCACAUCCUGUAAAUGAAUAUAAAUAAAGGGGAAAAAAGAAUUGGACAGAGCUGCCAGGGCCACAAUGGACUAAAUGGCCUCCUACAUUGGUGACAGCAUUUGUUUCAGAUGUGCCAGGAUAACAGAUAGAAAUUCAAUUUUUAAAAAAAACCCAAGUAUUUUCAGACGCAUCUUUCUAACAUACAGUGUUCUGACACCGACAUUUACCAGUUGGUAAGGUUUUUAAACCAAGUGUUUUGAAAGAUGGUAAAACUCCUGAUUUUAUAUCAAGACCCUUGAUUUACGAGACGGUGGAGUUGGCAUUAUUGUUGCAGUUGGAGCUGUUUCUUUUUGUUUUGUUUACCGCUGAAACACGACCCACGGCUGCGGUAUCUCCCAUUCCCGCCAGCACUGCAGGAGUCUGCAGCAACUCAGACAGUGCAACAUCGCCGCUUUAAGCAGAAACUGUCCCCUUUGCGCUGUCAUUCAUUCCGACGUAAAUUCCAGGCCUUGGCGGUUUCCAUGGUUUCUGGCAUCACGUGUAGCUGGGAGUCGGUGAGUCUUGUGAAAGAUGUUGCGAAUUAUAUACAGCACUCAGCCAUUGAAAACUGUAGCUAACUCGCUGUGCAUCGCAGCAUAGGGAUGAGCAUUAAAAUCCCGGCUGGUUUGACAGACUUGCUGCAGAGCUUCACUGUGGAGGUGUUGAGGAAGCAGCCGGCCGAUCUGGUCGAGUUCGCCGUGCAGUACUUCAGCAAGCUGCAGGCGAGCCAGAAGCUGCCCUUCGCCCAUGGCAAGAACGGCAGCGGCGGCCCUUUCCGAGCCGCCAAGGCGGUCAACUUCGCCGACGAGCCAAUGCAGACCGACUCGGAGAACGGCGACGAGGACGAGGAGUUCGAAGAAAAUGGAAUGCCUAAUUUGGAAACAGUGUGAGGAACAAACUGAGAAAGAAGGUCGAUUAAACAAUUAAUUGAAAUACAGCAAUGUGAAAAGUUCAGUUCAUGCAGCGAUCACACAGUUAUAAACCUUUUGAUUUAACAUAAAUCAUUAAUGUAUACUGCCAUCCUGUAUAUUAAAGUCAGUACCUCAGCAUCUUGCUCGAUACUAUUAGUUUAUUGCUGUUCUUUCUGCUGCUCUGCCCAUAACUCAGCUCCCAGGCCCUGAGGAGAGACCCAAGUUAUAUCACUGUAUCUUCCUGUCAUCAUGUUGUGUAGAGUUCUUUGCUACUCUGCAUAUAUGUUUCAGCUGGCACUGUUUGUUUUCAUAAUGUGUAUCACACAGUGUCUUGACAGAGGAAAAUGUGUGUAAACUUCUGCAUAGCGCCACCUUUACUGGUGUACCUAAAGUUUUUCAUAGGGACUGGAGAAAUUGUGGAGGCAACACAAUCUUUGGUUGUGAAUUUAAGAAAUAAAUAUCUGUAAUUUAGCAGGGAGCCAGCAGUUCAGGAGGUAUGUUCACUAAUAAUGAAUUGAGCUUUGUGCCUCAAAUUUUAUCAGUAAACAUGGGAACUCUUUAUAAGUAACUGGAAGUUAGAGGUUUAGCAAGAAGUGGCAAACUAUUUCAACCUCAUUCAAUUUAAUAUCUGAUAAAUGUUCCAAUCAGUUAUGUGUAGUUGGAAGCAAAUAAUAUGACAAAAUGGAUCAGCUAAUCUCCUAAAGAAAUGGAUGAGGACAGUUGAGACCAAGUGUUGUCUUUAAAUGGCAGGAAUCAAUAUUCCCUAUUUCAAAAUAACAAAUGUAGAAUUUAUUAUAUUUGUAUAAUACAUCACAUUUUUUUUAUUCUAACCGUUUUUAAUUUUUUUCUCACUCGCUAAUCUUCUGCCAGUGUUAAUAUUCCAGUGUCUCUGAGAAUGUUUUCGUAUUCUAUUUGGUCAUAGGAAAUUAUUUUACAAAGUCGACUCAAAAUGAAUGCUGGUAUAAUGUUUAUAUAAUACAAGCAAUGUGGAAACGUUCCAAGGCACUUCACAGGAGCAUAUUGGCAGGUGAAAUUGAGUUGGAGGAGCUAACAGGAAGCUGAUCAAAGGUUUUUGCAAAGAGGUCAAUUUUUUUUACGCAGGAUAAUGAAGAGGAGGCAGUAUCGGGGCAUUAUCAGGGUGCUAAUUAUAUCAUAUCUUGGAUCGGUAGAGCAUUGGAUGCACAUUGCUGGUCUAAUUUUAAUGCUGUUUUUGCAUAUGUGGCUGAACCUGAUUAAAAAUGACAAGACAGAUGUCCUCGAAGUUCACUGAUCAGAUCAGCCAUUGCCACAUGUUACACUCCUGUAAUUCCAAAUGUCAUUUUGCCAUCUGCUUAUUUUAGCACAAAGUUUAGACGUUUCAGUCAAGCUGUUCUCAUUUUGGUUACAGUAUAUAAUAACUGGUGUCAACCUGUUAGUUUGCUACUCAGAUGACCCAACUUCUCUGCCUACUCAUUAUUGUUUUUUUGGAAUAAAAGCAAAUGUAGAUGUUAACCAUAUUGUUUUGUUUUAAAAAUCAAUCACAGUCAUGAAAUAAAAAAGUGGAAUUUUUGCUACA